AUGAAUAGAAGUGAUUCAGAAUGGGCUUUUCAACAGUUUCUAAAAGAAUAUGCAAAUACAUCUAACUCAAAGCCUGGUUCUUCAUCAUCAACUUCAACUUCAACUUCUUCUUCAAACUUUGAUGUUGAUGUCAAACUCAAAAUAAAUAAUAAUAAUAAUAAUAAUAAUAAUAAUAAUAAUUCAGAGGAUCGCUAUGCUCUUCUCAAAGCCAAGCUAGAUCUCGCUUGCGCCGCUGUAGCUAUGACUCGGAGAUCUAUGGGAAAAUCUAAAUCUCAGGAACCUGACAAUGGAUCACAAGCAUCUUAUCCUUCUCAAGUUGCACCUCAGGCUACUUCCAAAGAUUCUGGCCCUUGUGGAAAUAAUCCAUCUACAACAUUACAAAAUAAAGAUGUGAAAAUGCAAGUUGUUGAAAUAAGAUCAACAACAAGUGGAUCAUCAAAAGAACAUUCAGAUGAUGAGGAUGCUGAGGGAGAGAUUAAUAUGAAUGGAGGAAACAUCAACCGUGCUGAUGCAAAAAGAGUUAGGAGGAUGCUCUCUAAUAGAGAGUCUGCUAGACGCUCUAGAAGAAGAAAGCAAGCUCAUUUAACUGACCUUGAAACACAGGUCUCUCAAUUAAGAGGUGAAAAUGGUUCAUUGUUAAAGCGUUUAACUGAUAUUACACAUAAGUACAAUGAUGCUGCUGUUGACAACAGAGUUUUGAAAGCUGAUGUUCAAACAUUAAGAGCAAAGGUGAAGAUGGCUGAAGAGACAGUUAAAAGAUUUACUGGUUUGAAUCCAAUGUUCAAUGCAAUGUCUGAGAUAUCAUCAAUGGGAAUGUCAUUAUUUAAUGGAAGUCCUUCUGAGUCAUCAGCUGAUGCAUCUGUGCCUGUGCAAGAAGAUCCAAAUAAUCACUUUUGUCAACCAACUUCUAAUAAUGUUAUAUCCAAACAUGAUAAUAGAGGAGUCAAUAAUGGUUUAGGAGCUGGCAUUAUUUCUUCAGCUGAAAAUGUGCAGAAGAACACUGCAGGUGGAAAUAAGAUAGGACGAACAAAUUCGCUGACGCGGGUGGCUAGCUUGGAACAUCUUCAGAAUCGGAUUCGCGGUGGAGCCGGUUCGUGUGGACCUUCUAAAGAAGACAAGUAAUAGAAUAGUUUUGAUGGACACAUUAUUUUGAAACAACACUUGUCUGUGUUGUUUGAAAUAAAGGCCUAUUCUUCUUAUUGACUGUUGAGCUAGUCUAAUUGGUGUAACUAGGAAGCAUCACUUAAUUAGGAUGUUCUUUCCUUAACGGAAACAAAUUCUCCAGAAGCAUGUUUGGAACAUAUAUUUUAUAUGGUUUUUAUGUUUCUUUAAUUAAUCUUGAUUGAGAGUGUUUUAAUCCAUGGCUUAUGUGUUCAGUUAGAUUAGUUAGAUAUAUGAUGGUGACAAAGGAGUAUAUAUAUUGAAUUAGAUUUAUCCAAA